AUUGUUUCUAUAAAAAGCCCUCUAACGCUCCUCUCCCUCCAUAAUUCUCUUUCCCCUUUCCUGUUCUCUUCUUCUUCCUCCAUCAAUUCCACCUUCACUAACCAAAGGGGUCUCCAUGGCAGACACUACUGUGAUAAUCAUCGGAGCGGGCCCUUCUGGUCUUGCCACUGCCGCUUCUCUAACCCUUUCAUCAAUCUCAUACAUUAUCCUCGAAAGAGAAGAUUGUUCCAUCCCCCUUUGGCGAAAACACUCAUAUGACCGCCUCCGCCUUCACCUCCCCAAUCGGUUUUGCCACCUUCCAGCCAUGCCCUUCCCUUCCUCCGCCCCAAACUACCUUCCCAAGGUCAACUUCCUCGACUAUUUGGACCGGUACGCCGACAAUUUCAGAAUCCGACCGCUGUAUCGCCGAAAUGUGGAGGCAGCAGAGUUCGAUCACCCAGAGGGGAAGUGGAAGGUUAGAGCUAGGAAUUUGGACAAGGGUGAAGUGGAGGAGUUUCGGAGUCGAUUUUUAGUGGUGGCGACGGGUGAGACGGCGGAGGCUUACACACCAGCGGUCCCAGGAAUGGAGGGAUUUGGCGGGGAUUUGAUGCAUUCAACUAAGUUUAAAUCGGGAAAAGGGUUUGAAGGGAAGAAUGUGUUGGUUGUUGGGUCGGGAAAUUCAGGGAUGGAAAUUGCUUUGGAUCUUUGUCUUCAUGCUGCUAAUACUUCUGUUCUUGUUCGAAGCCCGGUGCAUUUCAUGUCGAAAGGAAUGAUGACGUUGGGAUUGGAUAUGUUGAAGUACAAUUUGCCAAUUUGGUUUGUGGAUUCAUUCAUUGUGAUGCUCAGCAAACUAAUUUAUGGAGAUCUCACCAAAUAUGGAAUCAAAAGACCUCUUGAAGGGCCAUUGUAUAUGAAAGUCAAGUAUGGAAAAUAUCCUAUAAUUGAUGGAGGAGCCCUUCACAAAAUUAAAUGUGGGCAAAUUCAGGUAUUGGGUGAAGAAAUAUCAAGCAUAAAAGGGAACAAUAAUGUAGUGUUUAACAAUGGAAAAUGCUAUCAAUUUGACUCCAUCAUAUUUUGCACUGGCUUUAAAAGGUCAACAAAUCUUUGGCUCAAGGGAGAUGAGUAUCUUUUGAAUGAUGAUGGACUACCAAAACCAUGUUACCCUAAUCAUUGGAAAGGAAAGAAUGGGUUAUAUUGUGUAGGACUAUCAAGAAGAGGCCUCUAUGGAGCUAGUUUAGAUGCUCAAAAUGUUGCUAAAGAUAUAUCAACUCAAAUCAACAAGUUUGGAUACUAGAGAGAAGGAAAAGAUAACUAUGAUAUUUGCUUAUUCAAAUUUCUACUUCUUAUUUCUUUUUUCAAUUUAUUAGCUACAAAUUUAAAUAUAACGAACUCACGUUGUCACAUGUAAUUUUACAUGGAUAUUAUCGAUAUACUUGACUCUAAGGUUCAGUCCAAGUUUAUUUUAAUGACUUUACAUUACAACUGAGAAGAUAAGUUCUUUUUAUAUUAAAUGACAUUUCAUCGA